GGGCUUUGUUUCUCCGAGGUCAUCGCCUCCGGGACCUUCGGCAGCCGCCCGGCUCUCGUGGGUCCCGCGUCUGACACCCCUCCUCUGGCCCCCGCCCCCUACUCGUUCCAAGACAGGGGUCAAAGGCAGCUCGCGUCACGUGGUCGCCGAGCAGCACCGAAUCGGCCGGGAGAGCCGAGGGAGAAUCCGGGUGGAAGCCGAGAAAUCCAGCCCCGAUAGCAGUGCCCGGUCCCGCCCCGGCCCCCGCCCCGGGGCGCUCGCCGCACGCCCGCCGGCUGCCCUGGCCUCCGCAGCGGAUCUCCGACCCGCACCCACCGCCGGAUCGAACCCCGCUCGCAGCGGCAGCGAUUCGGGAAGAAACUCCUGAGUGUCAUGGAGGAAUAAAAGACCAAACUCAAAAUCAGAAAGGAAACCUGUUUGAAUCAAGAUUUAGCUGAUUCCAUGUGACCGUGGCAAGUCACUUUACCUUGGAGCUUUCUUCUCCUUAUCUGGAAAUUGGGAGUAACAACAGCUACUACUUCAUUCACAUCCCGAGUCCUCAAUAAGGACCUGGCUCUAGGCCUCGGCCCCGUGGGCCCUACCAAGGGAGCAGCAUGCGACACCCCUGGGCCAGCCUAGUGUCCUCUGGCCUGCUGCCCAGCCCCCAAAGGAGGCCCUGACGCCCUGGGGCACUUCUGCUCUGUGCAGGACCAAGUGGGGGUUUGCCAUGGUGACAUAAAGGGGCGCAGAGGAAGGAAGGAGCGAGACCAGCCUCUAGACUGCGCCCCUGGCUGGGAGGAAGGGCUGGGGACCCGGAUCCUCCACUCCUGCUGCCCACUGAGGGCCUUGCCUCCUAAGUCUCUGUGAAUUUCUUGGUCGGUCAGCAACUCUCGUGUCUCCUGCGUGGGGCCUUGGGGUGGCCAGGGCAGGGCAGACCUCCGGUGGCCAAGGUCUUGGGGGCCAGGAUGCCUGCCCUGGCAUGCCUCCGGAGAUUGUGUCGGCAUGUGUCCCCCCAAGCUGUCCUUUUCCUGCUGUUCAUCUUCUGCCUGUUCAGUGUUUUUGUCUCGGCCUACUACCUAUAUGGCUGGAAGCGGGGUCUGGAGCCCUCUGCAGAUGCCCCUGAGUCUGACUGUGGGGACCCACCACCUGUGGCCCCCAGCCGCCUGCUGCCCCUCAAGCCUGUGCAGGUGGUCACCCCUUCCCGCACCGACCCGCUGGUGCUGGUGUUUGUGGAGAGUCUCUACUCACAGCUGGGUCAGGAGGUCGUGGCCAUCCUGGAGUCUAGCCGCUUCAAGUAUCGCACCGAGAUUGCACCAGGCAAGGGGGACAUGCCCACACUCACUGACAAGGGCCGUGGCCGCUUCGCCCUCAUCAUCUAUGAGAACAUCCUCAAGUACGUCAAUUUGGAUGCCUGGAACCGCGAGCUGCUGGACAAGUACUGUGUGGCUUACGGCGUGGGCAUCAUUGGCUUCUUUAAGGCCAAUGAGAACAGCCUGCUGAGCGCACAGCUCAAGGGCUUCCCCCUGUUCCUGCACUCUAACCUGGGCCUGAAGGACUGCAGCAUCAACCCCAAAUCCCCACUGCUCUACGUGACACGGCCCAGCGAGGUGGAGAAGGGCGUGCUGCCUGGCGAGGACUGGACGGUGUUCCAGUCCAACCAUUCCACCUAUGAGCCUGUGCUUCUGGCCAAGACACGCUCGUCUGAGUCCAUUCCGCACCUGGGAGCUGAUGCGGGCCUGCAUGCUGCACUGCACGCCACGGUGGUCCAGGACCUGGGCCUCCACGACGGCAUCCAGCGUGUGCUGUUUGGCAACAACCUCAACUUCUGGCUGCACAAGCUGGUCUUCGUUGAUGCUGUGGCCUUCCUCACGGGUAAGCGCCUCUCGCUGCCUCUGGACCGCUACAUCCUGGUGGACAUCGACGAUAUCUUCGUGGGCAAGGAGGGAACACGCAUGAAGGUGGAGGACGUGAAGGCCCUGUUUGAUACACAGAAUGAACUACGCACACACAUCCCAAACUUCACCUUCAACCUGGGAUACUCAGGGAAAUUCUUCCACACAGGUACUGAUGCUGAGGAUGCUGGGGAUGACCUGCUGCUGUCGUAUGUGAAGGAGUUCUGGUGGUUCCCCCACAUGUGGAGCCACAUGCAGCCUCACCUUUUCCACAAUCAGUCGGUGCUGGCGGAGCAGAUGGCCCUGAACAAGAAGUUCGCUGUCGAGCAUGGCAUUCCCACAGACAUGGGGUACGCGGUGGCCCCCCACCACUCGGGCGUGUAUCCCGUGCAUGUGCAGCUGUACGAGGCCUGGAAGCAGGUGUGGAACAUCCGAGUGACCAGCACAGAGGAGUACCCCCAUCUGAAGCCAGCCCGCUACCGCCGCGGCUUCAUCCACAAUGGCAUCAUGGUCCUCCCACGGCAGACCUGUGGCCUCUUCACCCACACCAUCUUCUACAACGAGUACCCUGGGGGCUCCAGUGAACUGGACAAGAUCAUCAAUGGGGGCGAGCUCUUCCUCACUGUGCUCCUCAAUCCUAUCAGCAUCUUCAUGACGCACUUGUCCAACUACGGGAAUGACCGGCUGGGCCUGUACACCUUCAAGCACCUGGUGCGCUUCCUGCACUCCUGGACCAACCUGCGACUGCAGACGCUGCCACCUGUGCAGCUGGCCCAGAAGUACUUCCAGAUAUUCUCUGAGGAGAAGGACCCACUGUGGCAGGACCCCUGCGAAGACAAACGCCACAAGGACAUCUGGUCCAAGGAGAAGACAUGUGACCGCUUCCCAAAGCUCCUCAUCAUUGGUCCCCAGAAAACAGGCACCACAGCCCUCUACUUGUUCCUGGGCAUGCACCCGGACCUAAGCAGCAACUACCCCAGCUCAGAGACCUUCGAGGAGAUCCAGUUUUUUAAUGGCCACAACUAUCACAGAGGCAUUGACUGGUACAUGGAGUUCUUCCCUAUCCCUUCCAAUACCACCUCCGACUUCUACUUUGAGAAAAGCGCCAAUUACUUUGAUUCGGAAGUGGCGCCCCAGCGUGCAGCUGCCCUGUUGCCCAAGGCCAAGAUCCUCACCAUCCUCAUCAACCCAGCUGACCGGGCCUAUUCCUGGUACCAGCACCAGCGAGCCCAUGAUGACCCAGUGGCCCUGAAGUACACCUUCCACGAGGUGAUCACAGCUGGCCCUGCUGCGUCCGCAAAGCUGCGUGCCCUCCAGAGCCGCUGCCUGGUCCCUGGCUGGUAUGCCACCCACAUUGAGCGCUGGCUUAGUGCCUUUCACGCCAACCAGAUUCUGGUCUUGGAUGGCAAACUGCUAAGAACAGAACCUGCCAAAGUGAUGGACACAGUGCAGAAAUUCCUUGGGGUGACCAAUACCAUUGACUACCACAAAACCUUGGCGUUUGAUCCAAAGAAAGGAUUUUGGUGCCAGCUGCUUGAAGGAGGAAAAACCAAGUGUCUGGGCAAAAGCAAAGGCCGGAAGUAUCCAGAGAUGGAUUUGGACUCCCGAGCCUUCCUGAAGGACUACUACCGGGACCACAAUGUCGAGCUUUCCAAGCUGCUGUACAAGAUGGGCCAGACACUGCCCACCUGGCUGCGGGAGGACCUCCAGAACACCAGGUAGCUGCAGCUACCACAGCCAGACUGAACGUUGGCGGGAUGUCCUGCCGUGCGCUGAGCCAGACUGACCUGCAGAGAGGGGAGUGGGCCAGGCAGCGUUCUAUGAGCAAUACUCUGCUGAGGCCCACGUGGGGCCAGGAGAAGCCAGGCAGGCCCACAAGCACCUCCGAGCAUCCACUGCUGGGUCUGUGACCUACAGGACCACCCUCCACCAGAGGUCCAUUCUGUGCACAGCCUGUGCUGGGAGGCUGCUUCCUGUUGGUGGAAGGCCACUUCCUGGUAGAGGGAGUCUGUGAGACUCUUUUCUGGCCCUCACUGUGCUCUACUGACCACCCCCUCUUCCUGCCUCCACCACCCCUGCUGCAGCAGGGCGUCUCCUCAGUAUUAGCUGCCAUAUCUUCCCUGUUCUCCAGACAGGAAGGGAGAAGAGCCCAGCUGGGCCUUUCACCAACCCAGGGGGAGAGACUGAACAUGGCUCUGAGUGUUUUGAGGCAGGCCUUUCACAGGGGUCAGCUGGGUACCCAGGGGCAGUCUCUAGGCUGCAUGUAAGGGCAGCCACCUUGGAAGAAUGCUGAUCCGCCACAUUCGGGUCAGUACCUUCACAUCUCACCUUCCCUUUUUGGGGAAGGAAUCUCUGGUUCCUCCAGUAUCCACCCAGUCCUCAAGGCCUCCUGCAGGGCCUGGGGCACUGCCAUGCCAUGUGGGCCCAGAGACUCCGGCUCAACCCCGCCCCCUGGCUGCACCCUGGGUAAUGACAAGCGUGGUUUCCUGUGGUAAAAGACGGAGGCUGUUGAGGAGUCUGCAGUAUACAUGUUCCCCUGUACAUACCUUGUCCCCACACCACCGCCUCGGCCCCGGCAGACAUGGCAGAGCUCGCAAGACUGCCGCCCGCUGCUUUGCCCCAGACACCUGUGGCCGAGGGUUCUCAGAGACCCCUUAACCUCUCAAAUACUAAGAAGCUAAAGUAUUUUAAUAUUUGGGUUUUGUUUUCUUGGUGCCAGAGUUUAUACCCUGGGUGCUGGGGUCGCACUGUGUUUUAUAUAUAUAUAUAUAUAUAUAUAUAUAAUGUGUAUAUAUAUAUAUUAUAUUUUUUUUGGUUGGGUUUGUUUUUAAUUCAGUCGUACACAAUGGUGGUAAGCCCCAGCCUCAAAGGAUGUCAUAUCUUAGUGCUAGAGAAUAAGAUGGAAGUUAGGGAGGGUGUGUCUUCACGUGUCUGGGGACUCAAGGAGACCGUAUGGAGGUGCCCUUGGAGAGGUCUCUGUUCCCUCUCUCAAGUGCCACAGCUGUCCUAGGCCUGCCCUAGGGGGACAGUGGUGGUGACAUGGACAGGGAAGACUAACUCUAGGAUAUCUGGCUUCAUGAAGCCCAGGAGUCUGAGGGUGGGGUUGUGGCCAAAGGAAACAGCCGGGGCUAGGGUGGGAGACCUGGGGCCCCAAACUGGCCUGUCCCUCUCCCCUCACAUGGUGCUAGGUUGGGAGCUGCCCUGGGAGCAGGGGUGCCCACUGGGACUCACAGAGUGUCUCCAGGCCCCCUGCAGACCUGGGAUUUCUGGGCUGCUUUCUGCUUGGGUUCUGCUCCUGCCCCCCUUCUUUUAACAAUGUGAAGUGACUGAGGCACCCAGGGAGGUGCCUCUCCCUGGCCCCUCAACUGCCAAUUCAGCUUCCACCUGACACCCGGGAAGUUCUUUCUGGAGAGCCUGGUCUUAUUCAGAAGAUUCUGGCAUCUUGAGGUUGGAAGGGUCCUUCAGCAGGUAUAAAGUGGGUCCAGGAAGCAGAUAGCCUGCUUGGCUGAUGUCACAGGGCUAGUUGGAAGCAGGGCCAAGAAUUGAACUCAGGGACCCAAAUCUGAGUCCAGUGCUCUUCUUCCAGUGCCACACUGCCUCUGAGCCCACCCUUGGGACGCUACUCUGUGCCAGGUUCCUUUCCCUCCCUCAGUCACAACCGUGGUCAUUCCAGGAUAUGGGGACAAACCACUCCUUCCCAGCCAGGUGCCUUUGAGCCUUCUCAUCCCCAGAUCUGCAUUCACUUCCCUGCCUUGUUCUCUCUAUCUCGGGAGGUCUUUCCCCAUCCUGUGGCCCCAUCAAUCUUUGUUCUGAGUUGAUUCCCUCUUCUCGAAUUUUCCACGGGGUAAAGAAGGAAGUGGGACACUGGGCAGACCCGCUAUGUGGUGGUUUUAGUGUGGACAGAACAGAGUUUCCACCGUGUUUCUCAUUGGGGCCCAUGAGCUGGAGAAUCCUGGCCCCUGUCGGCCCCGCAGGGCUGAGGAGCACAGUGCCUGGGGACAGGGUGGCUUGUCUACUCCUGUACUGCUGUGUUCCCAGGGACAAGCUGGAACUAGACCCUCAGUGGGGCAGUGGCUUCCACCAAUGCCAGCCUUGAUCAUCACUCCCCAACUGUCCAUGGGUAAUUGGGCCCGUGAUCUGGGAGGCUCACACACCCUUUGGGCUGGAGGCCUGCUCUCAGCUGAAGCUCAGCAAGCUGGCCUGGCCUGGCCUGGCCUGGCCUGGAAUGGCCCUGGUGGGGUGGGAGGCUCUACUUCUCUCUGCUUCUGGCCUCAGGUAGGAGCAGGCAGAUUGAAACCCAUGAGAGCAGAAAAGAUAUUCUGGAGUUUGGCUUAGAUCUUUCUGGAAGCCUGGAACUGGACCUGCCCCUGUUCUAAAUUUCUGUGUUAGUGACUGCCACGUCCCUUCCCACUAACAAGCCUUUCUCAAGGACCUGCCAGGCCACACGCAGCCGGAACUUGUAGCUAUUGGGUAAGGACAGGGAAAUGAGUUGUCCUAGGGGCUUUCAGCUAAUAGGCGUUGAUCCCCCUUAUGAGAAGACAGAACCAGGGUGAGCAAAUGCAGCAUCACCAGUCUUCAUUGUCCACUGUAAGCAUUUGGCAAAACAUAAAAAUAAAGAGAGAGAGAAAAAUAGCUUAAAUUAUGCUGGUAACUCUGUCAUCCAGUUUGCAGUCCCUCUGCCAGCCUUUGCCCUAGGGUGGGUGCAGGUGGAGUGUCGUUCAGGGUUCGAGAGAAUUUUCUGUUUGGAGCAUCUUACUGCAUUUAAAGUUCAGAGGAGUCCGACCUUUAAAGAUGGACCUUUUCUGAGCCCCUGCCUACAAGCAGCCGGUGCUCUGGGUCAUGCUUACGAGGUGGCCAUCAGCUCCCAGCAAAGGAAAACUGUUGGCCUGACCCACUGAGGCUGAGGUCUCAACAUGGAGCCAUCCCACAGGUGUUAGUGGGAAGAGCAAGGUCAAAAAUAUUUUACCAGACAUUGGUCAUGAAUGCCCAUUGCCGAGCAUUGAGAGCUGAAAUGAUUAACAUUUUGCCACAUUGGCUUUUUUUCUCUCUCUCUACAUAUGUGUGUUUUUCUGACCUAGUUUGAAAGUAAGUUGCAAGCAUUGUGAGACUUUGCCCCCAGAUGCUUCUGCCCGUAUCACCCAAGUCAGAGCCUUCUCCUACACACUGGCCAAUACCACAGCCAAGAAAUGGACAUUUCCUGACAGUCUGCUGUCCCCAGUUGUCCCCCAAAUAACGGACCUGGUUUUGCACUUGCAUCCAAUCAAGGUGCAUAUGAUGCAUUUUGUCACUGUGUUUUUCAAAUCUCUCGGAAUGCUGAAAAGUCUUCCUUCUGCCCAUCUGGUUUUUUAAGUGACAUCCUUUUGGGGGCCAGCAGGCCUGCUGUCAGGUCGCACUGUCACACUGUCAGAAUCCGUCUGAUGUUUCCCCAUCUCCUGUACUCUCAAGGGUGGUUUUGCCUUCUUUUGUGCUGACUUGGCAGUGCCCUCCUGCCUAAGACGCACCUCCACCAUCACCUGUAGCAAGUGCCAAACCAGCAGAGGGGCCAUGGGAGCCACAGGAGCGCCAGGGAGGGGUGCCCAUGGACACAAGCAGCACAUGCUGGCCUGGGAAGAGAGAACGGAGGGCAUGCAGAAGUGAUUGCACCAUGGAUGCCAGCCAGGCAUGUGGCCUGUUGGGAUGAGACGUCUCUGGCUUGGAAGAGCCUGGCUGCUCCUUUGACUCUGGGAUGCACCUCAGGGUCCCAGACAUAGCAUCCAUCUCUCUGUUCUGUGGUCCCAGGGUUUUCACUUCUUGGAGGCCCAUGGUCUUAGGCAUUGGAGCAGAGCUAGGCCUCUGGCCCGUACCAGGAAUGUCCUUGGGGGAAAUUCCUCCCUAAGUUGUGGUAUGAGGACUGACCACUGGGCUGGAGCAGAGCUGUGAGAUAUUAUCCUAACUGCAUCCAUUGGAUGCCUGCAUGACAGUCUUCCUCCCAGGGUCUCAGUUUCCCCACCUCUAGAAUGAGCCCAUGGGGGCUACAGCAGGGGUUUUGAAACACAGGUGCAGGAAGCAGCUCUGCUUGAGUUGAAGUGUGGAUGGGGUCCAGGCCCACCCCCAGGCCCUCUGGGCAAUGUGGGGUUUGCCCUCCUGGUCUGGAGGCUCUCCUGCUUAGAGGACCGGUGAGUUUCCAGCUCCCCUGAGGGACGGGUGUGGGCUUGGUGUAUAGUCAGUGCCAAGGACCUGGGGAAGACCUCAGCUGUGCUCUCUCCUAAGACACUCAUCUUCCUGCACUUACUCCUCUCUCUGCCCUGGAGGAGGGUGAGGGCCGGGGCAUCUUGGGCUGGCCUGGCUUCUCUCAUCCACAAGAGGGCUCCUUUUGUAAUGUGUGCAUGAAAUUCAUGUUGUUCCCUGGGGACAGGAGAGGGCUGACUGGAGUGGGUGGGGGGCACAUUAGGGAGCAGGCAGAGGUUUUCUUCCCUUGUGGGGGUGGGGAGAGGGUAGGCCAGGGAAUGCUACCUGGCUCACCUGACGAGGGCUCUCGAACCAGCCGUUUUGGGUUGUGUUAAAAGUGGGAACCUUCCUCCAUUAAUGUACAAUCUCGAACUAACUGCUAAUAAAGUGGGGUUCUGUUUGUA